UGCCGUCAUGUCGGUGUCCCUGUCCAGCAUCCCUGUAGUCCUGAAGGACAGGAGCUACCAGGGCGGCAUGCUGAAGGGCAGUCCGGCCCGGGGCUUCUACCCUGCCCCUCUCCCCGGUCCACCCCACUACAUGGACUUCUUCCCGCGCACUCACAACCUCCUCCACCCGCUCAAGUCCCUCGGCCGCCUGGUGUCGGACACUCAGGCGUCCCUGCCGCUCAACCUGCACGCCGGAGGAGCCCCUCCGUUCCUCGGCCAGGGCGGCCACCACUCCUCGGUCCUGCACGAACACAUGUUGAGCGCGCCCGGCUUCCCCUACCUGAGCCAGAUGCUGCCCGGACAGCCUCUUUACUCCAAACCAGAGGAGCUGGCGGCGGUGGUGACGGAGCACGCCGCCGGUCCGCUGUCCUCAGACUUCAGCAGCCCGGCCAGUGAGAGGUGCCCCUCCGCUUCCUCCUCCUCAUCUUCUUCCCCGCCGAAGGAGAGUUUGUUUCGCCUCCGGAGCGAAGAGCUGCCCCAGCAGAAAACGCGCACCUCGUAUAAUUUCAGCGAGGACGACCUGUUCAUGGUGCUGUACGGGUACUCCGGCAGCCAGGAGCGGAACGUGGGCCACGCCAUAUCAGGACUGGCCCUGCCUGAAAAGUCAGUUUCUGACUCUCACAUUCUCCAACUGGACAAGGAGACACUUGAACUUCCAGAAGGGUUAACCAUCCUCCGGGCCUCUUGGGGAAACGUCUCCCACAGCGGGGUUUUCACCGACAAGAGCAGCGUCGCCAAAGGGACGCGCUUCGGACCUUUCCGAGGAAAGCUGGUCAACACGAGCGAGAUCAAAACCUAUGACGACAACACGCUGAUGUGGGAGGUGUUUGAAAACGGCCGGUUGAGUCAUUUUGUGGACGGCAGGGGAGGCUCCGGGAACUGGAUGUCUCUGGUGAAGUGUGCUCGUUUCCCAGAUGAGCAGAACCUGAUCGCCGUGCAGGCCCAGGGUCAGAUCUUCUACGAGGCCUGCAAAGAGAUCCGACCAGGCCAGGAGCUGCUGGUGUGGUACGGAGACUGCUACAUGCAGUUCCUCGGUAUCCCCCUCACGCUGAAAGACCCCAGAGAGGACAGCAGCACGGUCCCCCCCGCUGAAGACUGCGGCGAGGGUUUCAAGUGUGACAGGUGCGGGAAGGUGUUCGCGUACAAGUACUACAGAGACAAACACCUGAAGUACACGCGCUGCGUGGACCAGGGCGACAGGAAGUUCCCCUGCCACCUCUGCAGCAGAUCCUUCGAGAAGAGAGACCGGCUGAGGAUCCACAUCUUACAUGUUCACGAGAAACACAGGCCUCACAAGUGCUCGGUGUGCGGGAAGAGCUUCUCCCAGUCGUCCAGUCUCAACAAACACAUGCGUGUGCACUCUGGAGAGCGGCCGUACAAGUGUGUGUACUGUAAUAAGGCCUUCACAGCCUCCAGUAUCCUGCGAACACACAUCCGCCAGCACUCCGGAGAGCGACCCUUCAAGUGUAAGCACUGCGGGAAGGCCUUCGCCUCGCACGCCGCACACGACAGCCACGUCCGGCGGACCCACGCCCGGGACAAGCCCCAUCCCUGCGACCUGUGCGGGGCUGCUUUUCAGGAGGAACAGGAGCUCCAGUACCACAUGAACAAUCACAAAAAAACCCUGGACAGCACAGUUCUCCCGUCUUCUCCAGGGAGUGGAUUACAGAAGGACUCCGUGUUUCCAGUCAAGGACAAUCCAAAAACACAGAAAAGCGCCGGACAGAACCUCCCUUACACCGGGUUAACAGCCUUAAACCCAGAAUAUCGGCCCUGGAACUAGUCCUCAUGAGCUCAAAUGUACCCAGAGAGCCAUUUUGAUGGUGUGUGAUAAUUUAAGAACAUUGUGCUACUGCCACCAAAGAUAAAUAAUCAGGCCUAUAAGGUAGGAUCUUGUGGUUCUUCUUUUGUAAAUGCUGCUUAAGAAAAGAAAAUGUCGUUCUAUAUAACAGGCCUAUUGAAAUAGGCUCAUUUUAAUUUAAAUUGUCGUGUCUAAAUCUAUUUAUAAUGUGUUAAGAUAUGUUGUCUGUUGUUUUGUGGCUUAAAGCUUUUACUCUGCAAUGAUUUUGUGAACCCACUGUGAUGCCAAAUGAUAACUAUUAUUAUUAUUAUUAUUAUUAUUAUUAUUAUUAUUAUUAUUAUUAUUAUUAUUGUGUUGGAUUUUCUUGCAUUGACUAAGCUUGAAAAGCAAAGCUGUUUUUUAAUCACUGUAGAUUUGAGCUUAUUUGUGUAUAAAUUAAAUGUCAAACCCUAUCUUAAUUUAUAAUGUAUAAUCAUAUUUUUUACUGUAAUGCAAGGCUGCAGUCGAAAGUGUCCUCGUUUUAUUCCCUAUGAGCGUCUGCCUUUACAUGACUAACAAAUAAAAAAAUCAGCGCAUGGAA